GGCCGGAGCAAAUCCAAAAUGACAUCUGUUGCCGGAUUCGGACAACGCACGGGGGCAUUUCCGUACUUCCGCAUCUCUCAGGAGCACGAACACGAAACCGAACAGGAUUUGUCUGUAAGUACUCCGCACUUUAACAUAAGUCAGAGGGCUGCUCUUUCUCUCUGUCUCCCUCCCUCCCUCCCUCCCUCCCUCUCUGUGUGCACAGGAAAAGAGCGUUAGCGUUCAUGAAAAGGUCGCACGAGCCUCGUCUUCUCCCUCUCCAAACCCUAGAAGCGUGAAGUUGGACAUCCUCCGAGAUAAUGUUGUGUGGUGUCGGGCUGUCAAUGUUCUUAUGGCUUUAUUGAAGUGAUUAAGGGGGUUUGAAGUUUUUGCGGCGGUUUGUGCAGCAGAGAGGGACCUGCAGAAUUUCUCUUCAGUGGUGACAUUGCUUGCGGGAUUCGUAAAUGCAAGGAAGUUCGGGUCAUAAUGCUGUCCCGCCCUCCACGUCGGCCGAUACGUCGAGAAUUUUGGACGUGAAGCCUCUGAGGAGCCUGAAACCCAUCUUCCCACCUUCCAAUCAAGCUGCCCCCUUUGUGUGCGGGUCUCCUAAUGGACCUUUCCCACCUGAAUACUCUUCGUUUUACCCGUUCUGCGUCCCCCCGCCGCCUCCCGAACCUGAGCCGCCACAGCCUCAGGCUACAUGGACCGCUGCUGCUCCUACCCCCAUCCGGUCGUUUAGAACCCCGGGACCAUCGGAUGGCCCGGGUGAAAUGAUGAAUGGAGAUGCGGAGCAAUUUGCCGAGGGAAAGAAGCGUGCUUCUGGAAUGCGUCCCUCGAGUUCAUCCCGGAGGAGGAGGAGCACAGCUAUGGUUUUAGGGAGAUCUGCCCCUGGAACUUUUGUUAUUCCAAUAAGUCCAUUCAAUCGAGAAGUUGGCAACAGAGAGAUGGUUGAUUAUGUCCUAACAACGUUCGAUGCCCUUCGGAGAAGGCUUAGCCAGUUGGAAGAUGCCAAGGAAGCCCCAGGUGGAAUAAUUCGACGUGCAGAUCUGAAAGCUUCCUCUAUCUUGAUGACUCAGAACGUGAGAACAAACAUGAAGAAGAGAGUUGGAGUGGUGCCUGGGGUUGAAAUUGGGGAUAUUUUCUUUUUCCGCAUGGAGAUGUGUUUGGUGGGUCUGCAUACUCAGUCGAUGGGCGGUAUCGACUACAUGACUGUCAGAGGGGAGCAAGAGGAGGAAUCAGUGGCAUUAAGCAUUGUCUCUUCGGGAUAUUAUGAUGAUGAUGCAGAAGAUAAGGAUGUUUUGAUAUACAGUGGCCAGGGUGGGGCCAUGACUAGGAAUGGAAAGCCAGCUCCUGAUCAGCAGCUCGUAAGGGGAAAUCUUGCUCUAGACAGAAGUAUGCACCGUGCUAAUGAGGUCAGAGUCAUUCGUGGAAUGCCCGACUCAGUAAAUCCCAAUACGAAGGUUUACAUGUAUGAUGGUUUAUAUAUUAUUCAACAGUCGUGGAUGGAGAAGGCCAAAUCUGGCGCCAACACUUUUAAGUACAAACUGGUAAGGGUACCAGGGCAGCCCGAUGCGUUUGCUAUUUGGAAAACCAUACAGAGGUGGAAAGAAGAUAUCUCUACUCGUUCUGGGGUUAUAAUUGCUGACCUGACUUCCGGUGGCGAGACGAUUGCAGUGUCCCUUGUGAAUGAUGUGGAUAAUGAAAAGGGACCCCCUUAUUUCAACUAUUUCUCUACUCUCAAGUACUCGAGACCCUUCAGUAUAUUGCAUUCCUCUUAUGAAUGCAACUGUCAUAAUGCCUGCAAGCCGGGGGAUCUAAAUUGCUCGUGUGUAAGGAAGAAUGGAGGCGACUUUCCUUAUACUGCCAAUGGUGUUCUUGUCAGUCGGAAGCCGCUUGUUUAUGAAUGCGGUCCCUCUUGUCCAUGCGGGCCUAACUGCAAGAACCGAGUCUCACAGGGUGGUCCAAAAGUCCGCCUCGAGGUUUUUAAAACAAAGAACAGGGGUUGGGGCCUUCGUUCGUGUGAUCCUAUCCGAGCUGGUAGUUUUAUCUGUGAAUAUGCAGGUGAAGUCAUCGACAAAGAUAGACUUAAGCAGAAGGUAGAUGAAGGAGAGAACGAUGAGUAUAUUUUUGACACAAGCCGAGUUUAUGAACCAUUCAAGUGGAACUAUGAAGUUGGGUUGCUAGAAGAUGAGAGUACCUCUGAUUCUCCUGAGGAGUACAAUAUCCCGUCGCCAUUGAUUAUCAGUGCGAAGGAGUUUGGAAAUGUGGGUCGGUUUAUGAACCAUAGCUGUUACCCCACUGUCUUUUGGCAACCGGUUACUUAUGGGACUAGCAAUGAAUCUUAUCUCCAUAUCGCGUUCUAUGCUAUGAGACACAUUCCGCCUAUGACCGAGUUGACUUACGAUUAUGGGAUGGUGCCAACUGAGGGUGGCAUUGGAGCAGCUUAUAGGAAAAGGAAAUGCUUAUGUGGGUCUCCGAAAUGCCGUGGUCAUUUCGGGUUGUAGUCUGUGGUGAAGCUGCAAGGCGAGGUCCAUCCUGCAUGCCCAAAUAUAAGGUAAUUUCUACCGAAGGAUGGCUUUCAACUAAGUCCACCUAACGUGCACAGGGCUGGGAAGGUGCUUCCAUGGGUUUGUCUUCUGUUCGUGUUUUUCUUUUUUCAGUAUGGCUGAUUAAAUUAGAUAAGCUUUUGUCAUGUAAGUAAUUUAAUCAGUUGUAAGUGUGUAGCAUUAGGUUUCCCAUGCUGCCAUGGCUUUUGUCGGCCGAAGUAAUUUUUUGGGGCCAUGUCGAAGCUAGCGGUGCUCUCUGUAAUAGGAUGAAGAAACCCGAUCUUGUAGGGAUCAUUUUGUUUGUGAUAGGAUGAAUGAGGAGAAGAAAAAAAAACCUUUUGUUUAAUCAAUCUGCACCUUCCUAAGAGGGGUUCAUUUUCA